AUGAAGCUUAAAGUCAAUGAGGAUCUGCGGAAGGAACGCCUAAAGUGUACAUUUAACACGGAGGAACUUACAAAUUUUUUGGACGGAGAUGCUAAUAAAACACUAAGUAGAAGAAACCUUGAAUCCUUUUUUCUGUCCGAUCUGAAUUUGAAAGAUAAAAUUCCUAUGGAAUACCUAAGUCACAAAGAACGUUAUGAAGAAGCUGUGCGUAAAAGUUGUAUUUUAUUCAAAAAAGUCAAUGAAUGGCAACAAAGUGGUGAUAGUGGUAGCAAUUCAAUGGAGGUUUAUAAAUCACUUUUAGGUGGAUCAGUGGGUAGUGCAAUAAUUAAAGAUGGUACUCCUUUUGCAGUACAUUAUGUCAUGUUUAUACCAACAAUUAUGGGUCAGGGCACCUUGGAGCAACAAGGAGAAUGGGUUGGUCGAGCUUUUAGCAAUCAGAUUAUAGGCACUUAUGCUCAGACUGAACUCGGUCAUGGAACAUUUAUUCGAGGCUUAGAAACAAUUUGUACUUAUGAUCCAACUACAGAAGAAUUUGUUUUGAAUAGUCCUACAUUAACAUCGUAUAAAUGGUGGCCCGGUGGACUUGGACAUACCUGUAACUAUGCAGUUGUGAUAGCUCAACUUUACACCCAAGGAAAAUGUCAUGGAAUCCACCCAUUUAUAGUUCAACUCAGAGACGAGGAAACAUGGAACCCUAUGCCUGGCAUAAAAAUUGGUGAAAUUGGUUGCAAAUUUGGUAUGAACUCAACUAAUAAUGGAUAUUUAGCAUUCGAUAAUGUGAGAAUACCCAGAAAGAAUAUGUUGAUGAAAAAUGCUCAAGUUUUGAAGGAUGGUACUUAUAAAAAAUCAGUGAACGAUAAACUAACUUACGGUACCAUGAUUUUUGUACGUGUAGUUAUUGUUAGAGAUUUAGUUACAAGUUAUAUAUCAAAAGCUGCAAUAAUUGCAACUAGAUAUAGCUGUGUCAGAAGGCAAUCAGAACUCAAACCAGGUGCUGGUGAACCCCAAAUUUUAGAUUACCAAACACAACAGUAUAAAAUUUUUCCAGCUAUUGCCAUUAGCUUAGCAUACAAAUUUGCUGCAUCGUGGCUUUGGGAUGUGUAUAAUGAUGUUACUUCACAAUUAGAACAAGGAGAUUUAGAACGAUUACCAGAGUUACAUGCAAUGGCUUGCUGUUUGAAAGCUGUAAGUACAGCUGAUGCUGCUGUUGCAGUAACAACAUGCCGUUUAGCUUGCGGAGGUCAUGGAUAUAUGAAUUGUAGUAAUUUCCCAAAUAUGUAUGCAAUGUCAUCUGCUGCUGAAACAUAUGAAGGAGAGAACACUGUGCUACUUUUACAAACAGCUAGGUAUUUGAUGAAAGCAUGUCAAGAUGCAAAAUCUGGACUAAAAUUAACUGAAACUGUAUUAUAUUUAAGUAAUUUUAAAAGCUUAAGACGUAGGAACUGGACCACAGAUUUGGAUUGUAUUGGCAACGCAUUCUUUCAAGUUGCUGGAAGUAAAAUUGAGAAUUGUUACUUUGCUAUUAAUCAACUAAUCAAUUCUGGGAUGUCUCAAGAAGAUGCUUGGAAUGAAACCACUAUAAAAUUAUCAAAAGCAACAGAAGCACAUUGUAGAGCAUUUGUAAUACAAAGUUUUAUUACAACGAUUAAGACAGUACAUUUGUCUUCAGAAUUAAUGAAAGUACUAACAGAGCUAUGUAAACUAGUAUGUGCUCACUGGAUGCUUAAUCAGAUGGGUGAUUUUCUUCAAUAUUCAAAUCUAAAACCAAGCGAUGUUCCUUCUAUACAGUCUCUGUUAGAAGAAUGUUUGAAACGAAUUAGACCCAAUGCAGUUGGUUUGGUUGAUAGUUUUGAUGUUCGAGAUGAAAUACUGGGAUCUGCUUUAGGAGUUUACGAUGGAAAUGUCUACGAGCGUCUAAUAGAAGACGCAAAUAAAAGUCCAUUGAAUCAAGAGCCUGUUAACGAAUCUUUUCAUAAGUAUUUAAAACCUUAUUUAAAAUCAAAUUUAUAA